UUGCUCGUCCUCUUUUCCAACUAUAUAUGCAGGUGGUGGAGUAACUGAAGAUUAACAUGUAAUUGUUAAACCUCUCUAGCCAGUAGUACUUCCUUUUAGAAGUAGUUUGUGCGCGGCUGAGCUCUUCUUCUUGGAGUUGCCUCUCUUGUAAGAGAAAUGGAGAGUGCGGAUAUUUAUCCAGCAGAGACGAAAUACUACUCAUCAUCAGCUAAUGAUCAUGAAUAUCAUCCAAAAACACAGACUAUGAUGACGACAAGGACUUCUUCAACAGUAUCAUCAUCAAUAUUAUCACCGGUACUGGAAGAACGUCGACAAACUACAACUUUAACUCCAUCAGCUUCUUUCGGGAAAUUCUUCAGUUUCUUUCAUACUGUUUACGAAGAACAUUAUCCACCAGGCUUUCUGAAGAAGGUAGUAGCAGAGAUCGUAGCAACGUUUCUGCUGGUUUUUGCAACUUGUGGAGCAGCAGCAUUGAGUAACAGUGACGAACGUAGACUCUCCAAGCUGGGAGCUUCUAUCGUCGGUGGGCUUAUCGUAACAGUUAUGAUAUAUGCCGUUGGUCACGUUUCUGGUGCUCAUAUGAACCCUGCUGUCACAUGCGCUUUCGCAGCCGUAAGGCACUUCCCUUGGAAACAGGUGCCUAUCUAUGCUGCAGCUCAAUUAACAGGAUCUUUGGUUGCUUCUUUUACCCUCUUAAAGAUACUGCACCCAAUCAAAAAUAUUGGAACUACUUCCCCUUCUGGAACUGAUCUCCAGGCUUUGGUUAUGGAAAUUGUUGUCACAUUUUCCAUGAUGCUUAUCACUUCGGCCGUUGCCACCGAUACCAAAGCAAUUGGAGAAUUAGCAGGGAUAGCCGUUGGUUCAGCAGUGUGCAUCACUUCUAUCUUAGCUGGGCCGGUUUCAGGUGGAUCAAUGAACCCCGUGAGGACAAUUGGUCCGGCCAUUGCAAGCAAACAUUACAAAGGAUUAUGGGUGUAUUUUGUUGGACCGUUAAUUGGGACACUACUUGGUGCGUCGUUUUAUAACAUAAUACGAGUCUCGGAUAAGCCUGUCCAUGCAAUUUCGGCAUCAUCAUCAUUCAAAAUUCGAAGGAUGGGCAGCAAUGCAGAAGAAAAACGUGAGAUUGCACAUGAAGAUCCUCUUGAAACAAUUUAGUUGAUCUUUUAGUGUGUCUGUACCCAAGUAUAUGUGCGUGUCUACUUUGUGUUCGCGUAUCAAAGUAGACACCCUUACUCGUCGUAUCAUAUGUGCCUAUCUACUUUAUAGGUAUUAAUAAAUAAAGAGGUAGACAUUAUUACUCCCUUCAAA